CCUCCCGGGCGCCCACAGCUCCACCAUGGGGCCGGCCUGGGCACUCUGUGCCCUAUUCCUGUGGCAAGUGUGCGGCUCCAAGCUCAUUCCAGAGUCGGCUGCGGACAACAGCGUGUUCGACAUCUUCGAGCUCACUGGGUCUGCGCGCAAGGGCCCUGGACGCCGGCUGGUGAAGGGCCCCGAUCCUUCCAGUCCAGCUUUCCGCAUCGAGGAUGCCAACCUCAUUCCCCCUGUCCCCGACGACAAGUUCCAGGACCUGGUGGAUGCUGUGCGGGCAGAGAAGGGGUUCCUCCUCCUGGCCUCUCUGCGGCAGAUGAAGAAGACCAGAGGCACGCUGCUGGCCUUGGAGAGAAGAGACCGCUCCGGCCAGCUCUUCAGCGUGGUCUCCAACGGCAAGGCGGGCACGCUAGACCUGAGCCUGGAUGUGCAGGGCAAGCAGCGAGUGGUGUCGGUGGAAGAAGCGCUCCUGGCCACAGGCCAGUGGAAGAGCAUCACGCUGUUUGUGCAGGAGGACAGGGCCCAGCUCUACGUCGGCUGCGAGAAGAUGGAGAGUGCGGAGCUCGAUGUCCCCAUCCAGAAGAUCUUCACCAGGGACUUGGCCAGCAUCGCCAGGCUUCGAAUCGCAAAGGGAGAUGUCAAUGACCACUUCCAGGGAGCGCUGCAGAACGUGCGAUUUGUCUUUGGAACCACACCAGAAGAUAUCCUCAGGAACAAAGGCUGCUCCAGCUCUCCCAGGAUCCUUCUUACCCUUGACAACAAUGUAGUAAAUGGAUCCAGUCCUGCCAUCCGUACUGAUUACAUUGGCCACAAGACCAAGGAUCUGCAGGCCAUCUGUGGCAUCUCUUGUGAUGAGCUUUCUAGCAUGUUCUUGGAGCUCCGGGGCUUGCGCACCAUUGUGACCACUCUUCAGGACAGCAUCCGUAAAGUGUCUGAAGAGAACAAACAGCUAAGGAAGUCCCCUAACUGCUACCACAAUGGUGUCCUGUACAAGAACCUCGAGGCAUGGACAGUUGACAGCUGCACUGAGUGUUACUGCCAGAACUCAGUUACUAUCUGCAAAAAAGUGUCCUGUCCCAUUAUGCCCUGUUCCAAUGCCACAGUUCCUGAUGGAGAAUGCUGCCCGAGGUGUUGGCCCAGUGACUCAGCAGAUGAUGGCUGGUCCCCAUGGUCUGAGUGGACCUCCUGUUCAGUGACAUGUGGCAAUGGAAUCCAGCAGCGUGGCCGUUCCUGCGACAGCCUCAACAACCGAUGCGAGGGUUCCUCCGUCCAGACACGGACCUGCCACCUUCAGGAGUGUGAUAAGAGAUUUAAACAGGAUGGUGGCUGGAGCCACUGGUCCCCAUGGUCCUCUUGCUCCGUGACCUGUGGUGAUGGUGUGAUCACCAGGAUCCGGCUUUGCAACUCUCCCAGUCCCCAGAUGAAUGGGAAACCGUGUGAAGGUGAAGCUCGGGAGACCAAAGCCUGCCAGAAAGACGCCUGCCCUAUAAAUGGAGGCUGGGGUCCCUGGUCACUAUGGGACAUCUGUUCUGUCACCUGUGGAGGAGGGGUACAGAAACGUAGCAGGCUCUGCAACAACCCCCCACCCCAGUUUGGAGGGAAGGACUGCAUUGGGGAUGUGACAGAAAACCAGAUCUGCAACAAGCAAGACUGUCCCAUUGAUGGAUGUCUGUCCAAUCCUUGCUUUGUUGGCACCAAGUGUACUAGCUACCCCGAUGGCAGCUGGAAAUGUGGUGCAUGUCCUGCUGGCUACAGUGGAAAUGGUGUUCAGUGCAGAGAUGUUGACGAGUGCAAAGAAGUGCCAGAUGCCUGCUUCAACCACAAUGGAGAGCACAGGUGUAAGAACACGGACCCCGGCUACAACUGCCUGCCCUGCCCACCACGUUUCUCUGGCUCACAGCCCUUUGGCCGGGGUGUGGAACAUGCCACUGCUAACAAACAGGUGUGCAAGCCCCGUAACCCCUGUACAGAUGGUACACAUGACUGCAACAAGAAUGCCAAGUGCAACUACCUGGGCCAUUACAGCGACCCCAUGUUCCGCUGUGAGUGUAAGCCCGGCUAUGCAGGCAAUGGCAUCAUCUGCGGGGAGGAUACAGACCUGGAUGGCUGGCCCAACGAGGACCUGGUGUGCGUGGUUAAUGCCACCUACCAUUGCAAAAAGGAUAACUGUCCCAACCUUCCCAACUCAGGACAGGAAGACUAUGACAAAGAUGGAAUCGGUGACGCCUGUGAUGACGAUGAUGACAAUGAUAGGAUUCCAGAUGAUCGGGACAACUGUCCAUUCCAUUACAACCCAGCCCAAUAUGACUAUGACAGAGAUGAUGUGGGAGACCGCUGUGACAACUGCCCCUACAACCACAAUCCAGAUCAGGUGGACACAGAUAAAAAUGGGGAAGGAGAUGCCUGUGCUGCAGAUAUUGAUGGGGAUGGUAUCCUCAAUGAGCGUGAUAACUGCCAGUAUGUCUACAAUGUGGAUCAGAGGGACACAGAUAUGGAUGGUGUUGGAGACCAGUGUGACAACUGUCCCCUGGAACACAAUCCCGAUCAGCUCGACUCCGACUCAGACCGCAUUGGUGACACCUGUGACAAUAAUCAGGAUAUUGACGAAGAUGGCCACCAGAACAACCUGGAUAACUGCCCCUAUGUGCCCAAUGCCAACCAGGCCGACCACGACAAAGAUGGCAAGGGAGAUGCCUGUGAUCAUGAUGAUGACAAUGAUGGCAUUCCUGAUGACAAGGACAAUUGUAGGCUGGUGCCCAAUCCUGAUCAGAAAGACUCUGAUGGUGAUGGUCGAGGGGAUGCUUGCAAAGAUGACUUUGAUCAUGACAGUGUGCCAGACAUUGAUGACAUCUGUCCUGAAAAUGUUGAUAUCAGUGAGACUGAUUUCCGCAGAUUUCAGAUGAUUCCUCUAGAUCCCAAAGGGACAUCCCAGAAUGACCCUAACUGGGUUGUACGCCAUCAGGGUAAAGAACUCGUUCAGACUGUCAACUGUGAUCCUGGACUUGCUGUAGGCUAUGAUGAGUUCAAUGCCGUGGACUUCAGUGGCACCUUCUUCAUCAACACUGAUCGGGAUGAUGACUAUGCUGGAUUUGUGUUCGGCUACCAGUCCAGCAGCCGCUUCUACGUUGUGAUGUGGAAACAAAUCACUCAGUCCUAUUGGGAUACCAAUCCCACUAGGGCUCAAGGAUAUUCAGGCCUUUCUGUGAAAGUUGUGAACUCCACCACUGGGCCUGGCGAGCAUCUACGGAAUGCCCUGUGGCACACGGGCAAUACACCUGGCCAGGUGCGCACCCUGUGGCAUGACCCCCGUCACAUCGGAUGGAAGGAUUUCACAGCCUACCGAUGGCGUCUCAGCCACAGGCCAAAGACAGGUUUCAUCAGAGUGGUGAUGUAUGAAGGGAAGAAAAUCAUGGCUGACUCAGGACCCAUCUAUGAUAAAACCUACGCUGGUGGUAGACUCGGGCUGUUUGUCUUCUCUCAAGAAAUGGUCUUCUUCUCUGAUCUGAAAUAUGAGUGCAGAGAUUCCUAAUCAUCAAACUUUUGAUCAAAAGACUAGAUUAUAACCAAUAUUGGUAUGGUACCUUCUGGAGCCAUGGGCUUGAGAAAACCCCCAGGAUCACUCCUCGCUGCCCUUGUUUUUUUUCUGCUUGAAUCAGUGUGGACUCCUAGAUCACAUGACUUGCCUCAAGAAAAUGCAAUUUUCCAAAACAGACUCAGCAGUCAGCCUCUAUCUGAACAAGGAAUCAUCUGAGAAUAUAAACAAUUACUUUGAUGUCCUUUUGCAAAAACAACAGCAUCUGCUUGCUUCAGUCUGAAGGGGCCCUUCUCCACUCAGCUUUUGUCACAGAGCAGCGUGCUACCAUGAGGCCAUCUCUGAGCUGUGGGCUCAACAGCAUUUUCAGGCACUAAAGUAAAGGGAGGACUGGACAGAAUUAGCCAACAAAACCAUCCCUUAUCUGACUCCCUCCAGAAAAGAGGAGCAGAAGUCGAAGCCCUAAGGGGAAAGAGUACAUACCCAAAAGACAGUUGUCUGAAGAAACUCUGGAGGAACUGUUACAUGUUUGGUACUAAAUCAUUUUCAGGGGAUUGAAGGACUAUUGCUGGAUUUCAUGAUGCUGACUGGCGUUAGCUGAUUAACCCACAUACAUAGGCUCCUAAAGAGAAGCAGGGAGGGAGGAGCAGACAGGCUUCUGGACUUCUUCCGAGUUCCCCACCCCUUAUAUAAAACCUGUAGUUAGCAGGGUAGAGGUCAGAAUUCAAUCAACGCUGAUUGUCACUGCCUGGUUACAUGAACUUGUUGGAAACUAUUGGUCUUAUUGGAGAUAUAGCUUAUACAGAUAUAGCAGGAAUAAUAACAAAACCUACCAUCUCAGUGAGCACGAGGCUAUCUCCCUAGGGAGGGGAAGCCAUGCUUAUAUUUUUUAUGGUUAGAAAGGCACAAAAUUAUUAAUGCAAACAUUCUCUAUCCUCAUAGCUUUCCAAUUUUCUUCUUUUGGACCCAGUCUUGUGUCUUUUACAAAUGCUUUGCAAUGUAAAAUAUUUAUUUUUUACUUAUUUUGGAAGAUUUACCUGAAGGACUCUCCAUGGAAUAGGGAGAAGCGU